CCCGUGUGGUGCUGGUGCGCAUGCUCAGUAGCGGAACGCUGGCAAGAUGGCGGAGCAAGAGGAAAGAAAAAAGAUCCCUUUGGUCCCAGAAAAUCUCCUGAAAAAGAGGAAAGCUUAUCAAGCCCUCAAAGCCACCCAGGCAAAGCAGGCACUUUUGGCAAAGAAGGAGCAGAGGAAAGGAAAAGAGCUCAGGUUUAAGCGACUAGAAUCAUUCCUGCAUGAUUCCUGGCGACAGCAGCGUGACACAGUGCGUCUCAGACGACUAGAAGUGAAACCUCAUGCUUUGGAAUUACCGGAUAAACAUUCCUUGGCCUUUGUUGUACGCAUACAAAGGAUUGAUGGAGUGAGUUUACUGGUGCAGAAGACCAUUACAAGACUUCGCCUAAAGAAAAUUUUCAGUGGUGUCUUUGUUAGAGUUACCCCUCAGAGUCUGAAAAUGCUACGUAUAGUGGAACCUUAUGUGACCUGGGGAUUUCCAAAUCUGAAAUCUGUCCGGGAACUCAUCUUGAAACGUGGACAAGCCAAGGUCAAGAAUAAGACCAUUCCUCUGACAGAUAACACAGUCAUCGAGGAGCACCUAGGGAGAUUUGGUGUCAUUUGCUUGGAAGACCUCAUUCAUGAAAUUGCCUUCCCGGGGAAAUAUUUCCAGGAGAUCUCAAGAUUUUUACGUCCUUUCCAACUCUCAGUGGCCCGUCAUGCGACCAAGAAUAAAGUGGGCUUCUUCAAAGAGAUGGGCUCACCUGGCUAUCGGGGUGAACGCAUCAACCAGCUCAUCCGCCAGCUGAACUAAUCCCCGGUGAGACAGGGCUAAAAACUGCCCGUGGAAUGACUUUGAUGGUUCCAUACUUAAAAGACUAUUGGAGGGAGACAUAAUCUCACUCUGUCACCCAGGCUAGAGUGCUGUGGCCUUAGCAAACUCAAA